AUGGGUAAAGGCAAGCCUAGAGGCCUCAACGCCGCCAGAAAACUCCGAAACAACCGCCGCGAGCAGCGAUGGUCCGAUCUUGGUUAUAAGAAGAGAGCGCUGGGAACCGCCUUCAAGUCAUCACCCUUCGGUGGCUCUUCCCACGCCAAGGGAAUCGUCCUCGAGAAGGUCGGUGUCGAGGCCAAGCAGCCCAACUCGGCCAUUCGAAAGUGUGUCCGUGUUCAGUUGAUCAAGAACGGCAAGAAGGUCACCGCUUUCGUCCCCAAUGACGGUUGCCUGAACUUCGUUGACGAGAACGACGAGGUCCUCCUGGCUGGUUUCGGUCGCAAGGGCAAGGCCAAGGGUGAUAUUCCCGGUGUCCGUUUCAAGGUCGUCAAGGUCUCUGGUGUCGGUCUGCUGGCUCUGUGGAAGGAGAAGAAGGAGAAGCCCCGCUCAUAA